AUGCCACAUCGACCGACACCACUUUAUCUAGCACCUGUGCAGUCCAACCAGACACCAUUCCAAAACUCCACUCAGCACGACUGGCACAACAACACUGACACAGCACGACAGAAAAACGUUAUACGUGAACUUUUCGAAGGGGGACAACUAUCGGACCCGGAAACGAACCAACCGGUGGGGAAAAAAGUUCGUUUGAUUGAUAACGGAAUUCAGGAGUGUGUAGAAAAUCCCGCAAGUCCUUUUGAACAACAAGAAUUGUUUGUUGUUUACGAAGAAUCUAUCGUUGCUUCAACAUCCGGUACUUCGUCGGCCAAUCCUCCAGCAGAAUCAGCCAGUGAAACAGAAAAAUUGGAAAUAUUUUCUCCAAUUGUUUUGGAGAGAAUAUUGAAAAAAACAGAAGGUGGAAAAAAGAUCAUAGCUGAUUCUAAAGUUGGACCAUUAUCGAGCCACAACCAAAAAGAACUGUGUAACAUCAUUUGUGCCUAUCAUCGUGAAACAAAAAGCGGCAUAUUGAGUGCGAAUCUGCAGCUCUACGAUCUGGUCAUACGAUCACUGUUACCAUUCGAGAAACCGAACAUAUAUUACAUCCCAGCCGCUGGGAAUAGAAGAAACCCUGGUGGAAAAAUUGCUAACAAGUUAGUUAAUUUGAAAACCAAACACAGGAGACAAGUUGCACUCGAACAGGACUACCAAAAACAGUUGGGAAAUGGUAUUGUGGUCCCUGAAAUUGAUGGUCUAACCAAAGCUUCCCAUGAAUGGUUGCUGCUAAACCGCGAUCCUUGGCAAACAGUUUUGCAACAGUGGGAGAUUUGUUUCGAGUUACGGAAACCUCUGAUGAAAUCAUGUUCCAAUAUUGUGAAACUGCUUUCAACAUACCCACAUUAUAAGUUGGAACAUGGAUAUCAACUGGUAAACUACUGGGAUUUUAAAACUUCAAUACAUUUAAAGUUUCUUUUUUAUUUUUGGCAGAUCGAUAUCGAUUUUCGCAUCCUGUUUGGAAAUCGUUCUAACGGAAAACGUUUGAAAGAGGUGAUUCCUAAUAUCACUGGAUAUCUGUCGAAAAAAGCCCGAGAUCCAUCUGCAGUUGACAUAAUCCAAUUUUUACAGGAUACUUCAGCGCCUGAAGAUCCUAAGCUUUGUGCGUUGAUCCUUGGUCUGGCAACCGUAUUGCCCCCAAUCGCUGUGACAUCUAAUUUUAAACCGACCAUUCUGAAGGCGCAGGAGGAUAUCGUACUAUGGGUAGAAUGUGAAGACCAGAUAGGAACAUUAAUAGAAAACAUUUACGCAACGUACGCCCAGUACAAUAUACCCAUCGUGCCAAAAUUGGCGGUUAUCGGAUUUUUACUAUAA